ACACAGUGUAAAAAACAUCUCUGACACAGUGCAGCAGACGAACUAAAAGCCUGCGUCAUUUCUCCAGAGAGAUCAACCAUUAGUGACGUCAUGAUGCGACUUCUGACUUACAUCUGUGUGGUGGCUGUAACGUGUAUUCCCAGUGGAUGUCUCGAGUUCCAUAUUGACAGAACUUCUCCCAGAGUUCCUGGCGCCUUCUGUGCCAUGUUGUCUUGUCAAGAAAACCUGGCCAGUGACCCUGUGACGUAUUCACUGGUCAACAUGUCGAUCUACAGAGAGUCACGUGAUAGGAUGCUGCUGGCUUCACUCACAGAGGUGGAAGAUCAACUACGUCAUCAGGGUCACACCGGGGUCAAGGUCAAUGGGUCAAUUGGCAAAUCAUCGGCAGACAUGGAGGUGUUGAUGUCAGUGACGUCAUAUUGUCAGGACACGGCGUUUGUUUGUCAGGUGAUGUUUGCUGACGACAAGGGACAGAUUGGUGUCAGGGAAAAAGUUGUCCCCCCUUCAACGAGAAAGAUUAGUGCCAAUAAUAAAGACGGCGUUACUGACACACAAACUAUAACAACAACAUCACAGGAAUCAAGGUCGUUAACCCGGGCAAUAGAUCAACGCAGGCGUAGAUCAUCAGAACAGCUUCGCAUUGAUCCCUCAGUAAAGAGGAACACAUCUUUACCAGACGAUGAGGAAGACAAGAAGAAAACAGACACAUUUAAUCAGACACCUCAAAUUGAGUUAAAAACCAUUGAGGAGCAAAAUAGGAGACUUGUAGAAGUUCAAAAUAUGCUUCAGAUUUUGGAUAAAAAACUGGGCAUUUCAAAAAACAAAGUUUUUACAUCGGAUGUAAAUGAAUUGGGUCGUUUUAUCGAGUGGCCAUUUUCAUUGGCUGAAUUUGUUUCACAGCCCAAGCAGAUCAAGUGUGAGCGAAACAUGAAUUUUGAAUACCCAAAGAUGAUCUUGGUCCAAUUGGGGAACGGCAAGGUCGUCUUGUGUGACACCAAAACAGAUGGUGGGGGCUGGAUCGUGAUGCAGACUAAUGUUUUACAGCGUCGUAUAAUUGGUGACGUUGAUUUCAACCGAGGCUGGCACGACUACAAGCACGGGUUCGGAUCCUACAACGGAGAUUUCUGGCUGGGUAAUGAACUCGUCUCUAGCUUGACCUCUGAGGGCCACUUUGAGCUGAGGGUAGAGAUGAAAUUCAAUCACGAUGACUACGUUGCUGUGUACGACGGUUUUAAAGUAGAGGGCGAGAACUUGUGGUACAAGCUACGGGUUGGCGGGCCGACUGAGUUCUCAUUCGAUGACUACUUUGAUUACUACAGAGAGAGGGAAUUUUAUACUUACGAUAGGGAUGGUGUCUCUCGUUGUGCUACACGACAUAAGGGUGGCUGGUGGAACGAAUAUUGUCAUGGCAUCAACCCUAACGGUCCUUGGAACACAAUCACGUGGUACAUACUCCAUGAACAUGUGCAACUCAGCAGGAUUGAGUUCAAAUUCAGGAGACGGCACUGAAAAUUUAACAAAUAAAAACUACAUCAACAGUUGCGGUCCCACAUGGGCCGCAACCCAAUAAAUUAUAACUUAUUAUUUAUCCCCCUUGGCUGGUAACAAUGAUAUGUGUUACAGCAAUAAACACCUGCGAAUUUGAAUUUCUCAUCUGCGUUGGUCUU